AUGCAAUCACAUAAUCUAUUUUCAUUAUUGGCUGAUCGAAUUUUACUUCAUCCAAAUAGUUUUACAAUGGUUACAUAUAAUGUUCUAUUUGAAAUAACUAAAGAAGAUUAUUAUCGAAAAGUUAAUAAAAUCGUUGAAAGUAUGAAAGAUGAUGAUGAUAAUAAAUCUAAAACAUCAAUUUCUCCAAGAAAACUUAGUGAUUCACAAACUCCAGUCGAUGAACAAACUGCUUCAACACCCAUUAAUUCACUUGAAACUAUACUUGAAUUAACAUAUUUAAUGAAUAUAAAUGAAAAUGAUGAUAUAUCAACAUUAAUUGCAUCAUUUAUUAAAAAUCUUGAAUCUGUUUUACAAGAACUUGAUGUUCAACGUUUAAGUGCUAUUUUUUCUAGACAAGCAUCAAUUAUAAGUACAACACCAAAGUAUUCGACAUGGCUUGUUCGCUCCGCCUGCCCUCAUCCAACUCACUGUCGGUCGAAAUGGGGUUAUUGUGGAACGGGAUCGGCUUAUUGUGGUGAUGGUUGUCAAGCAGGCCCAUGUACGGGAACUAGUGGGAAUAAUAAUGGUGGUAUUAAUGGAGGUGGUCUCGCCUGUCCUCAUACAACUCAAUGUCGAUCGAAAUGGGGCUACUGUGGAACAGGAUCAGAUUAUUGUGGUAACGGAUGUCAAGCAGGCCCAUGCACAGGAGCUAAUGGAAAUAAUAAUGAUAACACUCGUGACAGUGGUUCAGUUGGUGUUAUUGACAGCAGUACAUUUGCCUGUGUAUUCAACGCGAUCGAUUCUGCAUUACGCACUAAUCGAUUCAAUGGACUAAAGGCAACAGGCUGGACGCCGGUGAACAAAGAUGAAGCUGCUGUCUUUCUUGCACAUGUAUUUCAUGAGACAGAUGGACUCAAGACUAUGCGAGAAUAUUGUGCUCCAGGUAUGCUUUUCUAA